UGCUCCCCUUCAGUUACUACUAAUACCCUUCCACUUCUACCUACUCUAUUUAUCCCUUGCCUUUCCGAAUCUUCCUUUCUCCCUACCCUGAUAAUAGCCGUCUCUCCCACCAACAAGAUCCAGAUUCUAUCUCAACCAAAAGAUACUGGCAGUGUAUGUUGGAACCGCUUUGAAACACCUCCCCCGCACGCCCCUAUCUGUCGCUUGCGCCUCAAAGAAUCACCGCUCGGUCUAACAUGCUCUCCCACAGUUGGCAUCCAUCGACGAAACUUUAAGCAAAGUCUGAGUCGAG